AACAAUCGUUGCCGUUCCCGAGAGCGCGGGCACGCCGCGCGCCGCAGCUCGCUCACGAACCUUCUUUUAACUGAGUAAAAAACCAUGUGUUUUCAUAUAUGAAUUUGACUAAAUGUAUUGUAUAUAUAUAUUUCGAGCUGUUAGGGGUUGUGUGAACAUAAACCCCGCGUCUCGCUCGUGACUGACGGUAAGUUUGACCGCUUUGAUCAGUCCGUCAGAUGGAGUUGAUCUGUCACGAGCUGGUCGAACCGGACUCGAGCUUCAGACCGGUUCGCGCGUUCAGAGACGCGGUUCUGAUCCGAGACUCGCGCGUCUGUCAGAACCUGCUGAGCUCGGAGAGACCGAGCAUCAAACCCGGUACCGAACCGACCGACGAGCAGCGCUACGUGCGCCCAAUCUUAACGGGAUGGAUGCUGCAGGUGUGUGAGGAUCAGAAGUGUGAGGAGGAGGUGUUUCCUCUGGCCGUUCAUUACCUGGACAGGUACAUGUCCCAGAAUGCCGUGCGCAGGUGUCGUCUGCAGCUGCUGGGGUGCGUCUGCAUGUUCCUGGCCUCCAAACUGCGGGAAUCGGUUCCUCUGAGCGCCGCCAAGCUGUGCGUCUACACCGACCACGCCGUCACCCUCCCAGAGAUCCUGCAGUGGGAGGUGCUGCUGGUGUCGCGUCUGGACUGGGAUCUGGCCGCGGUUCUGCCGUCUGAUUUCUUGGAGCCGCUGCUGCAGACGCUGCCGCUGAGCGCCGAGGACACGGCUUCGGUCCGGAGACACAUGCUCUCCUACAUCGCUCUGAGCUCCACAGAGCUGAAGUUCUCGGUCUUCCCUCCGUCUGCGGUGGCCUGCUCGUGUUUAACGGCGGCCGUGAUCAGACUGGACGUCCUAAAGAAUGAAUUCGGCCCCGACGGCCUGCUGCAGCUGCUGAGGGACGUCCUAAACGCAGACAUGGUGUCCCUGCGCUCCUGCUUCUCGUCGCUGGAGGAGACCAUCGAUCAGGUGCUGCCGUCUCCACCCGAGCUCCUCCGCUCACCUGUGCAGGUGCAGGACCUGACGCUCUGACAGGUGGAUGCAUCCAACCCUCUCAGAUCCAUCAGAUACGCUCAAACCAAUGGAUUCUCGUGUUUGUUUUCUCUUAUUGUUGACGGUUCCGGUGCGUUAGCGUUUGUUGACGAUGUUCGCAUUAGUUUUAAUGUCGCAGAUGUUCUGCACCCAAGCAAAUAUUUGCAUUGUCGGGAAACCUUCGCCCUGUCAAACACACACGCUGCAUGAUUACACACGUCAUUAAUUUCGUGCAGUCUUCUUGGACUUGAAUACAUGCUAUUGAUAAACUCUUUUUCAAUUUUAAAGAUAAAUGUGAAAAUAAACAGCAUAUAUGUGGACGGUGAAUGGUUUAAGCGUGGUGGUUUAAGCUGAAGUGCCA